AUGGAUCCAUUUGAAGUGAGAUUAGAAUUUAUAAGUUGCUUAAAAAAACUCAAUGCGUCACAACCUUACAUCAGAAAAUGUGUAAAAUAUGCAAUUCAAAAUAAAGGUUGUUACGAAGAUUUACAUAGAUGUAUAUUGGAAGUGAUGGAUCAAUUUACCAUCUUGCCACGAUUGAAUUUGCUUUAUUUCAUUGAUGCUUUAUUAGAGAAUUCAAAAUCUAUAAAUUUCAAAGGAUAUAUUGAACUCAUUAGACAGGAUUUAAAUAAAUUAAUCUUGGAUGUUACAAGUGGACCAAAUGGGUGUGAUAUACUUAAACGAAUGGAGGAGGAUCGUGAAAGAUCUAAACAUGUUAGGGAAGAGAUAUGGCAAAUUGAUUAUUCAAUCCCAAAUUUUGAAGCUGAAAUAUUAUGGGAAUCUACUUCAGAUUUAGAUGAAAAUGAUUUUGAGUGGAUAAGAAUUCAAAAUAAAAAAUAUUUCCCUAAUUAUACUUGGAAAAAAAACUUUGGAUUAAAUGAAAACUUUGAAAAACAAGAAGAACAAAAUUUUCUCUCUACUAGUAAUCACUCACCAAUUAGUUGA